CAGGUGCCACUGCAGCCACGCCGCGGCAAGCCGGCAACACCACCAUGGCGCUUCUUCUCCAUCCCCGCCUCCCCUCCCACCCUCUCCGCGCGGCCACCCAGCAUCACCACGCCAUCUCGGAUAGCUCUUGCCUCGUUCCCCUCCCCGGCCUUGCGAGGAAGCGCACGCCGUUCGCGGUCACGUGCCGGGCGGCACGGGUCAAGGAGGCCGCUCCGACCACGCGCGCCGCCGCUCCUCCUACGCCGGCGUCGCUGGCGAAGGAGGCGCACAAGUACUUCGACCACGCUGUGGUCACGGUCCGCGCGGGCGACGGCGGGCACGGCGCCGUGCUCGCCAUGCCGCCUGCCCCCUCGACCGACGCCGCCAAGCCCCGCGGCAGGUUCAACAGGGGCGAGAAGAAGAGCAAGAAGGUGUCGUACAAGCGGAACUACGACGGGUCGGUGGCGCUGCCCACGGGCGGGCACGGCGGCGACGUCGUGGUGUACGCCGACGAGGCCGAGGAGACGCUGCUGCGGUUCCACGAGAAGGCGCGGUACUGCGCCAAGAGGGGCGGGAACGUGGGCGCCGCCGGUGGCACGCUGAGCUCGAGGAUGCACAGCGGGUUCGCCGGGGAGACGCUCAGGAUACCCGUGCCUGUAGGAACUGUUGUGAAGCGCAAGAAGGGGACUGUUCUUGCUGAUUUGGCUCAUCCUGGCGAUGAAGUGCUCGUCGCUAGAGGUGGACAGGGCGGGAUCAGCUUGAUAGAUGUGCCUGAGUACAGGAGGAGGAAAGCCAUGACUUUAUCCCCAAACAUCAUGCGUGAUGCUAGUGACAAAGUAUUAACUCAUGGUCAGCCUGGUGAGGAAGUAAGCUUGGAGUUGAUCUUAAGGGUAGUUGCUGAUGUUGGCCUUGUGGGACUUCCAAAUGCUGGAAAGUCAACACUUCUAUCAGCUAUUACACUCGCAAGACCAGACAUUGCUGAUUAUCCAUUCACUACAUUAAUGCCAAAUCUUGGCCGUCUUGGUGGAGAUCCUGCUUUAGGAGCCUUACAGUUUUCCUCUGAAGCAACAUUGGCAGACUUGCCAGGUCUAAUUGAGGGUGCUCAUCUUGGAAAGGGUCUUGGCCGCAAUUUCUUAAGACAUUUAAGGAGAACUAGAGUAAUCGUCCAUGUUGUCGAUGCUGGUGCAGAUGAUCCUGUCAAUGAUUAUAAGAUUGUCAGAGAAGAAUUAAGGAUGUAUAACCCCCAAUACCUGGAGCGACCUUAUGUUGUGGUCCUGAACAAGAUUGAUCUUCCUAAGGCCCAUGAUAGGCUAUCAUCACUGGCUUUAGAAAUAUCUUCAAUUGGUUGUGAAGAAAGGCAGGACAUAAGUGGCAGCAAAGAUAAUCUAAAUGGACACGUAAGCAAACAUCAGGUCUCAUCGGAGGCUACAGUUGAAGGUGGUGAAAAGCAACUCGGGGACUAUCCAAGACCUCAAGCUGUUGUCGCUGCUAGCGUAUUGAGGCAUAUCGGGAUCGAUGAGAUGCUGAAGGAGAUAAGGGCAGCCCUGAGAAAAUGCUUUGAUCACAAGUUACCAGAACAGUGAGCAGGAAAUCAGUGUAACGUAGGCUUAGUAAUAGUUUAAAUAUCAUUAGUCCAGUAGCAGAAAGGGAAUGAACUGGAUGCCCCUUGUCACAUGUUGAAGAAUUUCCAACGGAUUCUAAACAUGUCGACAAUGGGCGGAUUCUAAACAUGUCGACAAUGGGACGAUGCAACAUAUGUAAAUAGGUUGGUUUGAGUUGAGAACACGAGAUAGUUAUGUCGACCCAUCAUUGUACCAUCUCCAAUCUGAACAGAUGCAUGUUGAGCACGUGUGGUGAUCAGUUCUGUCUUCGAUCAUGUGUAAAAGAGAUGCAGUUUGAUGGAGCCGUCGCUCAUAAAAAGAAUUCAUUCCACGCGUCAA